GAAAUGGGUAAAAUGCUUGAACUCCGAGCUGCGCCUACACCUGAAGGUUCAACACCCUUGACCGAUGCUCAAAUAUGUGAGAAAGUGCUAGGUGUAAGAUCUGGUUAUGUCAAGGGUCUUCGUCACGGGUAUGAAAAACCUAGCUCGUAUAGCAUUGAAUAUAAUGCGGAGUUAGGCGAAGCUCUUAGGCGGGCAGAUGAAGCAGAGAAGAGAAAUAAGGAACUUGAAGAAAGAGUUGAUGAGCAAAAUCGCACUAUACAAGGGCUGGUAACUGACACAACAGAUAUAAGAAGAAUGUUGCUUGAAAUGCAGGGAAACCUUCAAAGUACUCAUGAAAACCAUCAAAACACUCCUUGA